AUGGCCGAGGAAAAGGAAGUUGUAGAGAAAACAAUCGCUGAAGAUUUGGUCGUGACAAAGUAUAAAUUGGCAGGAGAGAUCGUAAACAGAACAUUAAAAACUAUUGUUGAUUUAUGCGUCGUAGAUGCUUCAGUUCGAGAUAUUUGUACAAAAGGCGACGCUCUUCUUCUAGAAGAAACCGGAAAAGUUUACAAAAAAGAAAAGGAACUGAAGAAAGGUAUUGCAUUCCCGACAUGUUUAUCUGUAAAUAACUGCGUAUGUCAUUUCUCACCAACGAAGAACGAUCCGGACUACGUUCUUAAGGAUGGUGACGUUGUGAAAGUCGAUCUCGGUGCGCACAUUGAUGGUUUCAUUGCUGUUGCUGCACAUACAGUCGUGGUUGGUUCCUCCGCCCAAAACAAAGUGACGGGUAGGAAAGCUGACACAGUAUUAGCUGCAUAUUGGGCUGCGCAAGCCGCUAUUAGACUUCUAAAAGCAGGCACAGGCAACUAUGCGAUAACUGAAGCGGUGCAAAAAAUAGCGGAAUCAUUCAAAUGUAAACCUAUUGAAGGCAUGUUAAGUCAUCAACUUAAGCAAUUUAAAAUCGAUGGUGAAAAAACGAUAAUUCAAAAUCCCAAUGAAGCGCAAAGGAAAGAACAUGAGAAGUGUGAGUUCGACACACACGAAGUUUACGCAAUCGACGUUAUUGUGAGCUCUGGGGAAGGAGUGGGUCGAGAGAAGGAUACUAAAGUGGCAAUAUACAAGAAAACCGAGGAAAACUACCAGCUGAAAUUGAAGGCAUCGAGAGCGUUAUAUGCCGAAGUCAAAUCAAAAUACGGAUCCAUGCCAUUCAACCUUCGACACUUCGAAGAAGAAACAAAAGCGAGAAUGGGAGUUGUUGAGUGUGUAUCCCACAAAAUGAUUGAACCGUUCCAAGUCCUGUACGAAAAGCCAAGUGAAGUUGUAGCUCAAUUCAAACACACAGUGCUGCUGAUGCCUAACGGUGUGAAUUUGGUGACUGGUCUGAAUUUCCAAGAAAACAUUUUCGAAAGCGAGCAUAGCAUUACAGAGCCAACACUUAAGGAGCUGGUCCACUCUGCCAUAAAUCCCAACAAAGCGGCUAAGAAGAAGGGAGCCAAGAAGAAGCCUGGCGAUUCAGAAGCUGCCGCAGCCCCUGGAGCAGCAACGGCUGCAUCGGCGAACACACCAUCACCUGCUGUAGAAACGAAAGCAUAACGUGGAUUGCAAUGAACAAGACACAUCUAAAAUAGUUCAUUUAAAUUUUUUAAAUAAUUACGAAUUCGCGUAAUUGAAAUGAAAGAGAGUAUCCGUGAAACAAGAGAGAAAUGAACAGUUAUAAUCGACAACAGACCUGACGCAACAGUAACAAAAAAAAAGCUACAAAAGUGAUCAACCGAUAUCAUUAUUGUAUAAUAAUUCUUCCCGUUUUUUCAUUACUUUUAUUUUGUCACCUUUUUUUAAUAUUUUCGAUGAAAUUCAAGAACAAAAAAGAACCAGUUGAUUCCGUACAUAAUUUGGAAAUGAAAAGUACGGAAAUAAAAUUGAUAACAAAACAGA